UCGCGGGAGUAAUUUUAGGUUAUGAUGAGAAAUGUGACGUAGGGACUAAUCAGUAGGGACGGAGUCGCCGACGGACAGCGCGCGAUGCGACCUCCGAGAUGAACGAAGGGAGACCGACGUGCACGGUGCACGUUUAAAUUGCGCGACCGUUUUCGUCGCGCUGACACGAGGAAGAGAGAAUAUAUCUCGGACGAAGCGGAGCGAGUCGCCCGCCUCUGGUUCAGUCGGUUCUCCGGUCUCCCUCGCAGUUCGACGCCUCGUAUCUCGUUCGAUUCAGCAAUAACUUCAUUAGAGUGUUCCUUCGCGACGACUUUUUCGCAAUUUUAUAAUUUCCGCGUGGCUCUAUAAUUGUUUAUUGGCAAAGAGAUUCUUACGAGAUGAUUCGAAAGGUUCUGCCGACCUUCUAACGUUUGAAACUCGGUCCUCGAUACGAAAAAUGGUAGAGAAGAUCCCACUGCGGAAGACCAUCGCACGAUUGGACUCCCCGGCGGUCAUAGCCUUCGGCAAUCCUCUGCUGGACAUUCUCGUGAUACUGAAGAACGACGAGCUGAUCAGGAAGUACAGUCUCAAGAUAGACGGCGAGACGGAGCUGUGCGAGAAGAAGCUGCAGGAGCUGGUCGCAGAUUUGCCACCAGAAAUAGAGCAAUACACAAAUCCCGGAGGAUCUGCGCAGAAUACAUUGAGGAUCUUGCAGUGGCUCUGCGACGAGACCCACGAGUCUCAAAUCAGUGUCUUCUGCGGUGGUCUCGGGAACGAUCAAAGAGGUUCGAUCUUAGAAAAAUUAGUUCGACUUGCGGGCGUGGACGCGAGGUACUCCGUACAUCCAACAUUGCCUACCGGACUAUGCGUUUCUCUCGUGUGCGGUACGUCCCGCAGCCUCGUCGCUAAUCUUGGCGCAGCUAGCGUAUACACGCUGGACGAUCUGAAAAAGGCCAAUCCACAGUUAGAUAGUAUAAAAAUAAUUUAUAUCGAAGGAUACUUCGUGACGCACAGUCUGGACGUGGCCAAGGAACUGGUCAAGCGGGCGCAGGAGAAGAAUAUUAUUGUAGCGUUCAAUCUUAAUUCCUUCUACAUAUUCCAGGAUCAUCAAGCGGCCAUUUGCGAGAUGGUUGGCCACGCCAAGAUUGUGUUUGGCAACGCGAGGGAGAUGAUCGCGUUAGCUCAAGCGUUGAACGUCAAGUACGACGACGUCGCCGAUAUACCUUUUCUACUAAAUAGCUUGAAAAGGAUCACGAUGGACGUUUCUAGCGCUAACAGUAAGGAUUGGCUGGCCGACGACGGUAUAUUCAUCAUGACGCGCGGCGGAUGCGCGCCGGCGAUUAUCGUCUGGGGCAGAGGACAAUCCGUUCAGGUGCAACCCAUUGUGCCUAAGACACCUAUUGUGGACACAACGGGCGCCGGCGAUGCUCUGGUGGCUGGCUUCCUGGCCGGCGUCCUGGCUCACUGGGACCCGAAGAGUUGCCUAGAAUUGGGAUGCAAGGUCGCGUCCUGCAUGACAACCAGGCUUGGCGUCACGCUGCCGAACGGCGUGCCCCCCGACUUUCUGCCAUAACGAUUCGAUCUCUUUAGAACGCUAAUGACUAAUCGCUACCUGACCUGACGUAAUAUUGCACGGUUAUUUAUUGCCUGAAAGUUUCUAUUAGCGAAAUUAUCGACCGUUAGAGCGAUAACUAGCAUUCCUCGUCGAUGUUACGUCCCAGUUAGAUAUUUAUUUGAUAUUGAUUUUAUUUAUAACAGGCGCGCGCGAGUCGCGAAGUGAUAUAGCAUUCGAGAAGCUCUUAUUUAUUAAAGACUACCGUCGCGUUGAGCUCGAGUUAUCGAGACCGUACAUUUUUAAAUGUAGCACUCGUAUUAUUAUUAUUAUUAUUGAUACAAAGUAACAAGGAGAGAUAUUAGAGAUUUUUCUCGAUAAUCGUUGCCACUAUAGAUCUGUAGUUUAUCUACCCGAUGUUGCAAUGACCAGAAAUGUGUAACAGAAUUUAUAAUCGACAAUUAUAUAAGUUUCCCUUUCUAUUUUUUUAUUAUAUAAAGUAUAGUCGAGUGACGUGUCGAUGUUGUUUAUGUCAUAUAAAUAUAUAUACAAAUAUAUGCAAAGAAAUGUUAUGGAAA